AUGCCCGCCGGAUUUCGAAGAUCACGAGCCCUGUGGGACGAAACCAAGCGAAUAGAUCACACUACAUCUUCAAGAUUAUAUGCCACAGUAUGUGCCAUCCUCUACGAACUUCAGCCCAUUCGAUUUUCUCAUGUGAAUUGGUUGCGAAUGGUGAAAACCACGUUUAAGAUUGUCCGACAGAUACUGCGAGGAAUCAUCUCCUACCUUCCUGGCGUCCUUUUGGCCUUGGCAAAGUUUCUGUGGCAACGGAAACUUGGUUGCUUGGGUGUGGUUGCCUACUAUUUUGCCGUCCGAUGGAUCCAUGAAUUUCUGGAAGCUGGUCCCAUGGUGCUCAUGUUUACGGCGCUCAUUGGUAUUUUCACCAUUGGAUUGAGUGAUAAUGAUGAAAACCGAGAAGGCUUGUCGGCUUAUUCGGUAUUCAAUCGGGGCUUUGAACGAUUGCUGGGAUCUGUGGAUGCCGAAGCCUUGCUGGCCCAGCAUGUGGGGAUGGGUCCAGGUGCAGCCUUGCCUGUGGGAGUAGCGGACGACAAUGCUCCUCCUCCAAUGGCACGACGACGACAACAACACCGGGCAGCAGCUCCACGAAUUGAGCCGCAAAGGAACAACAAUAAUAAUAAUAAUAAUAAUAAUGACGAUGAUGAUAAUGGCGAGCAAGAUGACCAGGCUGAUGCACAACCAAGAAACAACCAGGCCCGAAGGUCUGGAAAAAAAGCCAGACGGCGGAACCUCGAACAACGACGAGAUCGACAACGGCAACGAGAAGCUGCAAUGGCUCUGGGAAUGCAAGGCGCUGAAACGGAACAAGAAAUGGUCGAAAUACAACGAUUGAUUGAAAAUCAGAUUGCUGCCGAACAAGCAAAUAAUGAAAAUUGA